CUGGACACCUGGGGGAUGGGUAGGGACACCUCCUUCGGGCAUCUCUGGGCGAGGUGUCCCUCCAGCAAGUGCUGUCAACUGGCUAGGAGUGGGAGUGGUCACUUCUACAAUUGGGGCUGCAUAAAGUUGACAGGCUGUUUGUUCGAGGAUGGCCUCUGCAGACCGUCUGAGACCUGCGUGAAUGAUGGAGUGUUUGGAAGGUGCCAGAAGGUUCCAGCGGUAGACACACACCGCUAUGAAGUGUCACCGGCGGUUCUGCAGCACCUGGCAGCCACCUUGCAGAAGCUCUCCCGAACAGGCUUCACAUGGCAGGAUGACUACACCCAGCACGUGAUGGCCCAGGAACUCUUGAACCUUCCCUCCCCGCAACAUCUGGACGCCUCCAGCACAGCCAGAACCUCGAAGCAGAGUGUGGAUGAGGACAGGAGGUCCAGUCUGGAGGACGACGGUGGUCUGGCCAGGGCUGUCCAGCGCUACCUGCCAUACCUGGAGGCCCUGUCCCAGGCUGUUGCUCCAAACGUGCGCCUCCGCACAAAGCACAACAGGCCGCCAGCCCAGGGUGAGGACCCCCUUGCUGACAGCAUGCUGACCUUCAUGGAGCAAACGUCUGCUCUGACCUAUGCUCCUGGCCCUGGGGCAGACUACCCUGGGGGCCGCCCGCUGCGGACCCCUGGCAGGCUGCAGCCUGACGAGCUCAGCCCCAAGGUGGAUGGCAACGUCAAUAGGCAGAAACUGAUCGCUGCGCUGGGCGCCUAUGCAGCUCGGAAGCCCCCGACGCCCCACGGGGAAGGUGACCCGUGGCCACGAAACCCACUGCAUGCACCGUGGAAAACACCAAGGGUCCUUUCGGCGCCGGUGGAACCCCGGAAGUGGCCUUCGCCUCCAGGAGACCCCAAACUGCCCCAGGCCAUGAGCGAUGAAACACUUAUCCAGAGUCUCCUGAAGGACCUGGGAGAGCAGCCGGACCUCGGCGAGGUGGCCCGCGCGAUUGCCUCCGCCAUGCGAGCUGUGGGGGCAGAAGGGGAGCCGCGAGGUGCCGAGAAGGGAGCCGCGGGAAAGCCGAGAGAGUCCGCCGUUGGCCGGCAGGGUGGAGGCGUGCCAGAUGACAGAGUGCCGGACGGUGGAGGGAGAGCUUACGAAGAGGUCAGUCGUUUGAGCCUCGAACUUGGGGACCGCCUGCCAGACCCCGGGUCCCAACUCUCUCCUGCCGUACCCCCUCUUUCGGGGCCCUUCAAAAUGGAGGCAAAGAAAUCAGAGGCCGCCGAGGCCCCCCCGACUUGGGAGGAGGAGAGCGCCGGGGUGGAGGACGUGAGGAGUCAGACCUACUCCAAGGAGCGGCCGCAGAGGCCGCUUCCCGCAGAGCCCGGCACGGGCGGCUUCGGCGAGUUCCGGCCCUGGGUUCCCCGACCCUCGCAGGAAGACGCCCACCUCACGGCCGGAGCCCAGGGACGCCCCACGGAAGGCCUGCGGCUGGAGGUCAAGCCUUCCCAGGAGGACCACGGCCACAUUGUGACCGGAACCGACCCCCUGAGCCCAGAAAAGGGGAAGGAGCUGAUGGAGGGCGUGGCGCAACUCCUGGAGGUGCCGAUGAGUGUCUUCGCAGACAUCGUUGUCGUGGGCCCAGCGGUGACCUUCAGACUGAGCGCCAGUGUCCAGAACCUGACGACGGGAGAUGUCGCGCAGGCCGCAGUUGACAACAAGGACAAACUGGAAAAAGCAUCUGGACUGGAGAUUCUUCAGGCGGGAAGCGGGUCGAAAAGCAAACUAAAGCUCCCUCCACGCCGGGCAAAGCAAGGGGACUCGACCCCGUUCAUUGUGCUCACGCUGGUCUCCGUCGUGGCCAUGGUGGGGGUCCUCCUGGCCUCCGGCGUCAUCUACUGUCUCCGCCACACCUCCCGCGCCAGGCUGCAGGACAAGCUGUCGGGACCAGGGGACCACCCGGGCCCGGACGCCACGGCCGCCUACCAGGAGCUGUGCCGGCAGCGCAUGGCCACGCGCACGUCGGAGCGCCCGGAGGGCCCGCACACGACCCGCAUCAACAGCGUCUCGUCCCAGUUCAGCGACGGGCCGAUGCCCAGCCCUUCCGCCCGGAGCAGCACGUCAUCCUGGUCGGAGGAGCCGGUGCAGCCCCACAUGGACAUCUCCACCGGCCACAUGGUCCUGGCCUACAUGGAGGACCACCUGAAGAACAAGAACCGCCUGGAGAAGGAGUGGGAGGCGCUGUGUGCCUACCAGGCGGAGCCCAACAGCUCGCUCGUGGCCCAGAGGGCGGAGAACGCACACAAGAACCGCUCUCCGGCAGUGCUGACCUACGACCACUCCAGGGUCCUGCUGAGAUCGGAGAACAGCCACAGCAGGUCGGACUACAUCAACGCCAGCCCCAUCAUGGACCAUGACCCCAGGAACCCUGCCUACAUCGCCACCCAGGGACCCCUGCCCGCCACCGUGGCCGACUUCUGGCAGAUGGUGUGGGAGAGCGGCUGCGUGGUCAUCGUCAUGCUGACCUCCCUCUCGGAGAACGGCAUCUGCCAGUGCUGCCACUACUGGCCAGAUGAAGGCUCCAGCCUCUACCACGUCUACGAGGUGAACCUGGUCUCCGAGCACAUCUGGUGUGAGGACUUCCUCGUGAGAAGCUUCUACCUGAAGAACCUUCAGACCAACGAGACGCGCACCGUGACCCAGUUCCACUUCCUGAGCUGGUGCGACCGCGGGGUGCCCUCCUCCGCGAGGUCCCUCCUGGAUUUCCGCAGAAAAGUAAACAAGUGCUACAGGGGCCGUUCUUGUCCAAUAAUUGUUCACUGCAGGACAGGGAAGGGGAGACUGGGGUCAUGGAUACAGCCUCCCGAUUUGUGUUCGCUGUUUCUUGCAGGCGCUAAGGAGAUUGAUAUCGCCGCGACCCUGGAGCACUUGAGGGACCAGAGACCGGGCAUGGUCCAGACAAAGGGCCAGUUCGAGUUUGCGCUGACGGCCGUGGCGGAGGAGGUCAACGCCAUCCUCAGGGCCCUCCCGCAGUGAGCCGCGGGGCGGAGGGGCCCGGGGCCGGGAGGCGCCCGCACCCGGAAUGACACAACUGCCUGGUCGGUGCAGUUUACCGGUUGAAAUGCGCAUUUUCGUUUAACCAAAUCACAGUAAGGAGAGAUCGGUGGAAUCAUGCGAUUACAGGGGGCAAUCACUUUAUCCGGUUUCACUUUCCUGAAAGAAAACCCUUUUCCUUGAAGCACACAUUCACAUUCUUAAUUGCAAACAGCGUCGUCCUAACGAUGCAGCAGGCUUCGCACUCCGCACGGCCUCUGAGGGCUGGCUCGUGACCUGUGAGUCUGGAGGGCGGCCGGCUCUGCAGGGAGGGGGCCCAGACGACGCGGGCAGGGCACCAGGCACGGCAGACACACGUGGCAUUUGUCUCUGAGACGCUGCUCGCCCAGAGGAGCCACCGGCUUCUUCGGGAGUCAGAGCAACAGUUACUAACAUUCAGCAGCUGUGGGGCAAAUAAUAAGAAAAUCGUCACCGCAUCUCGGUUCUGUUCCCACCCGGGCUGCUUGACGCCCCCCCCCCCGACCCCAAGGUCCACGGCCCAUCUCUUCCACCCACCCCCAGGGGCCGGCAGGGGCCUCCAGGGGCAACCGCUUUCCCGCCUGGGGAGCCACACUUUUAACUUCAAAAUAUGGAUUCACACGUCACAACCCGGGACAGCCGGAAUCUGGGAACAGUCUGGCAGGUCCCAAGCUCCUGGUCCCCGAGGAGCGCUCUAGCCCCCCAGCAGGCACCUGUUCCUCCCUCUCAGGGGAUGUCCCGGGCCCUGCCGGCAUCCGGAGAGCACCUGAGCACCCGUUCCUAGAAGGACUUGCGGGAGACGGGCAUUUUAAUCUGCGUGAGCUCGUAGCAGCAGGGAGCAAAGUGGCAGUGCUGGCCACGGGCCCCCCGGUCGUCAGCCCCCCCCCCGUCGCCUAGGUCGGACCCUCGUGUGACACACACGGGCGUCCAGAGGCGAUCCGGGCUUGCCGGAAUAGCACUUGACCGUGAGGUCUGCCACCGCCCGCCCCCGGAAACGGGGCUCAUCUCGCUGAACUCGGAACGAUGGAAUCCAAGAAGGGGCGCAGACAGCUCCACCCUGUUGGGCUCCAUCUAGGAUUCGGCGUGAGCGUAUCCCCGGGCCCCCCCACGCCCUGCUUCGUGCACACCGCCCUUCCCGUCCCAAUGGACACUGCAUCCCAGAAAUGGUCGCGCUGGGAGAGCGGCCUCUGGCUGGGGAGGAAGACGCCAACACCGUUGUGUCUGUACGUGGUCCCGUCCUGUCAUCCACUGCAGUAGAUCCGUGAUGUGUUUGCCUGUCCGGAAUCUCAAUAAUGAAUAGAAACCAAUUUAUCUGAAUAUAGGAAGCAUAUACCUACUCGUAAUUUCUAAUUCUUAUGUUUCAAGAGAAAUCCUCCAGUGCGAGAUAUAUAAAUAUAUUUAACGGUGUCAGAUUAAACUUUUGAUUUCACA